ACAAAAAUUGGAAAAAAAAAGCUAAGCUGGUUUGGAGUAGUUACAGAGGGAAAUUAAUUGUUAAGUUGUUACAAAAGGUUAAAUGAGUGAUUAAAAUAGUUGUCAAUAACCAAAAAUGUAUCCAUAAAAUCCAGUCAUUCUGCUUUCUUUCAUAAAGAUCCAAUUACACAUAAUAGAAUGGGAAAACUACAAGAUUGGUCUGUAACCACUUGUCUCUUCCUUUUCUUAUUUCAAGCAUUACAAAUCCGUUGCACAAGCCAAACACAUGUUCUAAGCCGUCUGAACCGCUCGAAGCGAGGGAUUGGUUCGUCGGUUGACACAAACCACUUAAAUGUGAUUCGUCGCUUAAGCGUGUCUUCGCCCCUAAACACAAGCGGUGUUAACCAACAAGAGCAAAGGGAGAGAGAUCUAAUCGAGAAUCUGCCUGGACAACCUUCAGUUAGUUUUAGACAAUAUGGCGGUUAUGUGACCGUGAAUGAGUCAGCAGGUCGAUCCUUGUACUAUUAUUUCGUGGAAGCCACCGAAAACAAAAAGUCGUCACCCCUUGUUCUAUGGCUAAACGGAGGACCUGGCUGCUCCUCCCUAUAUGGGGCAUUUCAAGAACUUGGCCCAUUCCGCACACAUAGCGACGGCAAAACACUCUAUACCAAUCCUUAUUCAUGGAACAAAUUGGCGAACAUAUUAUUUUUAGAAUCUCCAGCAGGAACGGGAUUCUCGUAUACGAACACAACGACGGAUUUGGAGAAUCCCGGGGACAUGAAUACAGCAGCUGAUAACUACAUCUUCUUGGUGAAAUGGCUGGAGAGGUUUCCGGAAUACAAAGGAAGAGAAUUUUACAUCGCUGGUGAGAGUUACGCCGGGCACUAUGUUCCACAACUCGCACAAACCAUCCUUGUCCAUAACAAGAACCAAACCUUCAUCAACCUACGUGGCAUUUUGAUUGGUAACCCGAGUCUGGACGACACCGCCGAACUAAUGGGUGCAAACGAGUUUUUGGUAAGCCAUGCUUUACUCUCACAAGAAACAUUCCUUAGCUUCGAGAAAAACUGCGCCCAUAACCCUCCAACUGGUGAGGUUGAUUGCGUCGAGUUGAGUAUGAAAAUCCAGGACGACAUAGGAAAAAUAAACCUAUACAACAUAUUAACUCCUACGUGCCUAAACCCCACGUCGAAUAACCAAUCCAAAGAAUGCACAACGGUGAUGCAAUAUGAUGCGUGCGGAAUGCAGCACAUAGAUGCUUACUUUAACCAGGGCGAGGUUCAGCGUUCGAUGCACGUCACAAAAGUGCCAUACACGUGGAAGCUAUGUAAUGAAGACCUCGGAUUUAAUUGGAGUCAGACCGAUGCAUCUGCAUCGAUGCUACCUAUUCUCAAAGAGCUGAUGAAACAUGAGCAACUGCGAGUUUGGGUGUACACUGGAGACACAGAUACCGUGAUUUCGAUAACGGUUACAAUGUACGCUCUGAAGAUGAUGAAUCUAACAGCUGUUACGGACUGGCUUCCGUGGUUUAGCGAAGGGCAGGUGGGUGGUUUCACAGAGGAAUACAAAGGCAAUUUUAGGUAUGCCACAGUGAAAGGAGCUGGUCAUGAAGUUCCUCUUUACAAACCUAAUGUUGCUUUUACUCUCUUUAAACAGUUUUUACUUAAUUCUCCUCUCCCUCUUACCCCUUGAUUACUAAAUUUGUAACAACACCAAACACACACUAUUUUUCAUAUUUAUGUAAUUAUCACAUUCUAGCUAAA